AUGGACGGCCGGCCGAGCGUGAAGCUACACUACCAUCAGCAGCACCGCCGCCAGUCCCCCCACGUAGAUCAUCCGUUGCAUAGCCCUAGUAAGACCCGCCCCAGACGCUACCUCCCCCGGAUGUGCCUGUUCCUCUCCUCCGCGCUCUCCUCGAGCCGCCUUCUUCUGUUCCUCGCGGUCGGCGUCGCGUGUGUGUUUCUGUACUCCGUGCUCGACAUAAGAUUAGAUGGCGGCGCGACCGGGAACGGGGAAGGAGGUUCAGGUUUUGGUUCGGCAGCUGGAGAAUUCUCCAUUAGGUUCGGCAGCAGCCGCGGAAGCAGUGGAAGCGUGGGGGGAUCCGCGGAGGAAUCGGCGGGAAAGGCUUUUUGGGGGGAUUCGAGUCGAGCCGCGGCGGCAAUCGACGAUCUGCUCGUUGCGGCAAUGCGCAAAUCACGCUGGCGGGAUUUGGGAGAAUCCGCGGAGCAGCUGCUGUGGUCUUCCCCCGAUCAGGGGAUCAGGGGAAGCCUGAUCGGUGGCGGGAAGGGCGGAGGCGGAGCGGGGAGCGCGGGGAGCAGCAGCGGGGGAGAGAGCCUGGCGGAACGGCGGAGGCUGAUGCGGUUGGGGUAUGAUGGGGGAGAAGGGGUGGUAGCGGGGGAGGAUGGCGGAAAACUGGACCAAUCAGGAGCCGCCAGCGCGAGAACCUUGCCCGCGUCUCUGAUUGGCUCCGGGAACCAGGGCUUACAGGGGAAUGCUGACGUGGACCGUGCUCUAAACGAGCGGCUGGCUCGCGAUGUGACUAUAGUGAUCAGCGCAAAGCACUCUUUCGGAACAGCAGCCGCGCAGCUGGACGCAAUUCUUGCGACCACUCCCCCCUGCCCCGUGAUCUACAUGAUCCCCGGCGCAAUGGACGCGCGCACGCGCGCGCACGUCAGGCGCAGGCAAGCGGAGGGCGCACGUGGGAUGUGGGGUGGCUGGGGCGGCGGAGGGGGAGGUGCAGGCGUGGGGGGAACAGCGGGCGGCGGAUUAGGGCUCGGUGCCGGUGCUACUGCAGGUGCGGUCACUGGUGCUGCCGCUGCUGGUGUGGCUGCUGGUGCUGCUGCUAGUGGUGGUGGUGGUGCUGGGGGGAGCAGCAUGGGCAGUGGAUCAGUGGCGAAGCAAGAGGGCCUUAAAGCCCAUGCAGCAUUCGCCUCAGACAUGCUAUUUGAUGACUAUAGCAACGACGGGAAGCUCUACCCUCAGCCAAUAGAAGACGUCCACGUGGCAGGCACCAGGGAUCCGAGCCUGCUGGACCCUCGGGAAUCUCCGUCUAUAGUAGUGUACCACCACCCGUCUUCCAGCGUGGGAGCGCGGGAUUUGAUCUACUUUGCGCGGCAGAGCGGCGCUGACGUGUGUUCAGCCAAUCAGGUGUUUCUGCGGCACAAGUGGGGGAUUAUAACGGGGCAGCAGUGUAGAGGGUUCGUGGACGCCACUUUAAGGGGCCACGUGUGGACAACAGAGGGCCAGGAGGGGGAUGGCGAAGGGUGGGAGGUGAACGGUGUAGGUGCUUCAGGUAUUGCUGCUGCUGGUGCUGGUGGUGGUGGUGGUGGUGGUGGGGAGGAGGGUAGUGAAGGGAAAGGGGGAGUCGAGGCAGGUGGAAAGGGUGCUAGCCUUUACAGCAGCACCAGCAGCAGCAGCAGCGCCACUCCUACCGCCCGUUUUCUCAUUCCCAAGAGCCAAUCAGAGCAGGCUCAGCUCGUGCUCGCCUUCUUCUCAUUGGUCGGUUUCAACCGCUUCCAGAUGCGCAAUCUGCCAGCCUGGCAACCUCUGCCGCCCGCGCCGCCCGCCGUCUGCCACGUCAGGGACAGGACGCUGUGUCAGAUCCCGAUUCCCUGGAUGGCUGUUGCCGCCCGGUUCAUUCCGUUUGUGGACCGACUGGCAACGCUGCCAGAUGCUUUGGCAGAAAAUGCCAAAACUGUCGCCUCCGCCGCCGCUGCCGCUGCUACUGCUACCGGUGGUGCUGGUGGUGGUGGGAAGGGAGUGGUUCUAUCUAGCACUGGGAAUGGUAGUACUGGUGGUGCUGCCGAGGCUGAGGUUCGGGGAGAGCCGGAGCUGUGGUUCGGCCGAGCCGAGGAGUACCCGAGCCUGCGGGUGAAUCGGGUGGAGGAUCUCUGGCGGGCGGCAUCGCUACGGGACGGACAACUGUUCAUGAUUCGGCACGGAGUGGUCAAGCACGGCGAGAAGCAUCCAGGAAGGCGCGCACCGGAAUUACCCUUUUUAAUGAGGCUAUACCAUCCGUUUCUGCUGGUGGAAUUGGAAAUGCAGGUGUUUUCUGGUGCAGGUGGGGAGGGGUUGGGUGGUGGUGGGGGGAAGGGGGAGGAGGAGAACGGGUGGUGGAUGGAGGGGAGUGAGGGAGGGGUGGAGGAAGGAACGGGGUUGAGAGGGGGGCGGGACAGGAGUAAGAGGACGGGAGGGGCGGGGAAAACGGUGUUGGAAUCGAGUCUGUUUGAUGGGUUGUCUGUGCAUUUCGGACGGGUGCGAGAUGGGGUGGCGGGUCGGGGCCGUGCCCGACGCGUGGCGGCUGCUGCUGUGGGCGUGGCGGCCGCAGAGUGUGAGGACGGCUCAAGUCCUGCUGAUGAAUGCCGAUACUCCUGCCGUGGGUGA